AUGGAGGAACUGGGUAUCUUGAGUACGCCCGUUUCAGGGCUCAACGAGAACAUUGCCAACGGAUCUUAUGGGUCGCUAGUUGCGCAACUGAACAGUAGUGCUAAUGCCACAAGCAAUGGAACUUCGGACCAUUAUUUGAAGCUGAAAAAGUUGGAAAAAGAGUUGGAGCUUUUGAAUUUGCAGGAAGAGUAUAUUAAGGACGAACAACGCCAUUUGAAAAGAGAACUGUUGAGAGCGCAAGAAGAAGUGAAGCGCAUUCAAUCUGUACCCUUGGUUAUUGGCCAAUUUUUGGAGCCAAUUGAUGAGAAUACUGGGAUUGUUUCCAGUACUACUGGCAUGAGCUAUGUUGUGAAGAUUCUUUCAACUCUGGAUCGUGAACUACUCAAGCCCUCCACUUCUGUAGCAUUGCAUCGCCAUUCAAACGCUUUGGUGGAUAUUCUACCACCCGAUUCCGACUCCAGCAUAUCCAUUAUGGGUGCCAACGAAAAGCCCGACGUCACGUACGCAGAUGUUGGUGGAUUGGAUAUGCAGAAACAGGAGAUCAGGGAAGCUGUGGAACUACCCUUAGUCCAAGCAGAUUUGUAUCAACAAAUUGGUAUCGACCCACCAAGAGGUGUACUCCUCUAUGGUCCUCCGGGCACUGGUAAAACAAUGUUGGUAAAGGCUGUAGCUAACAGCACAAAGGCAGCAUUCAUCAGAGUCAAUGGUUCGGAGUUCGUUCACAAAUAUUUGGGUGAGGGCCCCCGGAUGGUCCGUGACGUUUUCAGACUAGCUAGGGAAAACGCCCCUUCUAUCAUAUUCAUUGACGAGGUCGACUCGAUUGCAACAAAGCGUUUCGAUGCGCAGACUGGCUCUGACCGUGAAGUGCAACGUAUUUUGAUCGAACUUUUGACCCAAAUGGAUGGGUUCGACCAGAGUGUAAAUGUUAAGGUUAUCAUGGCGACGAAUAGAGCAGAUACUUUAGAUCCAGCUUUGCUGAGGCCGGGAAGAUUGGACAGAAAAAUUGAGUUCCCUUCGCUCAGGGAUAGACGUGAACGCCGUUUGAUAUUUGGUACGGUUGCGGCCAAGAUGUCUCUUGCACCGGAGGUCGAUUUGGACUCUCUAAUUAUCAGAAACGAUCCUCUUUCUGGUGCCUUGAUUGCUGCCAUCAUGCAAGAAGCCGGUCUGCGCGCUGUUAGGAAAAACAGAUAUGUUAUUCUGCAAAGUGAUCUGGAUGAAGCAUAUGCAUCUCAGGUCAAGUCCAGCAGUGAUGUGGACAAAUUCGAGUUUUACAAAUAA